AAUGCAAGAUGCCGUGAGGAUCCGCUCAGGCUUCGUCUACAUCGACCGAGACCAUGCCGUCACCUCCCUGGAGGUUGCAGGCGAGCAGGACAAGCCAGUGCACUUGGAAGUACCCUCAGCAGGGAAGCUGCUCGUGGACGGAUCUUUGCGUUUUGAAAAUGUGAAUCUGGUCAUCGACGGGACGGUGGAGGUAACGGGUGAUGUGGAUAUCGGCACUGGGACAGAGAUCAGUGGCAAUGGGCUCUUUGUUGUGCACGGGAAGUUUGACACAGGAGAUCUUCUCAAGCUGUUCAACUCCGGCGUGCAGAUCAAGGUGCAACCUGGCAGACUGUUGUGGGCGCAAAGGCUAUGGUUCGGGCACGCAGCGCAUCUGAUCAUCUAGUGAUGGUCAUGAUUUUUC